GUUAAAUUUUUCUGUUCUCCUCUAAAGUUUAAUUUGAGACACCUAUAACUGAGAUAAACUGUUACCACACCGUGUUGGAAUGAUUUGAAUUUAAAAAUACUGACAAAAUGUUAGCAUGUUUCGUGUUGCUGUACUUAACAUAACAUGAUUUCUGCUGGGCAUUUUAAUUACCAUUACAAAUACCUAGAGAUUCAGAGGCAUCAAAAUGGGAGCUGACCUGAGAGGAGUCUUAAUGCCGAAUAAGUGAAUCAUUCUGGAUUGAUAAUUAAAGGAGGCCAAACUGUUUGAUUUUAGCUUGUCCUUAUUCUUACGGCAGCCUCUCUCUUCUCAUUCCCUAAAUGGUAUAUGGGUUUGCCCGUAGUUAUUAAAAUAAGAGCUCUCGUUUGUAAAGCUCCUGCCAUGUGCCAGGCACUCUAUUAGACAAUUGACCCUUUUUGAUCUCUCUCAAUCCUUGCCAGUGAAAUAGGAAUCAGUCAUUUUACAGAUGAGGAAAUUAAGAUUCCGACAGGGUAACUUGUCCAAGGAAAGUAACAGAGGAGGCUGGAUUUCAAAACCUUAUCGCCCUGACUCCAGAGCUUGCUCCUUCUGUUGGAGAACACACUUGCUGGCCCCCAUCUUGGAGCACCCCUACUUGAGUAGCAAAGAGCUCCUGUUACAACCUGUGACCAUCAGCAGGAAUGAGAAGGAAAAGGUUCUGAUUGAGGGCUCCAUCAACUCUGUCCGGGUCAGCAUUGCUGUGAAACAGGCUGAUGAAAUUGAGAAGAUUUUAUGCCACAAGUUCAUGCGCUUCAUGAUGAUGCGAGCAGAGAACUUUUUUAUUCUUCGAAGGAAACCAGUGGAGGGAUAUGACAUCAGUUUUCUGAUCACCAACUUCCACACAGAACAGAUGUACAAACACAAGUUGGUGGACUUUGUGAUCCACUUCAUGGAGGAGAUUGACAAGGAGAUCAGUGAAAUGAAGCUGUCGGUUAACGCUCGUGCGCGCAUCGUGGCUGAGGAGUUCCUCAAGAAUUUUUAACCAUCUGGCUGGAUCUCAAGGCCUUCCCCCUCAGACUCCCCUGUGUCUCUGCGAAGGCAUCCUGGAGUUACUCCCCAGAGCAGCAGCAGCGGCGGCAGCAACAGCGGCGGCAGAGCGGGGGAGCUGGGUCGGGGUGGGUAUUAGAUGCGGGAGGUGGGUGGUAUGCUUGCUAGCUGGGCAACAAAGCAGCAGUGGACCUGCCCCAAGGCACAUGCUUCCCCAAGGCCACAUGUGCCUGGUCAGGCUGGCUUCUGAUGUUCAGUCCCCUGGGCUGGGACAGAAUUUUUUUUAACGUCUUGAAACUUAAAUUCUGUGCUUGUAGGAGACUGUAACCUUUUUGUCUUUUUUUUUUUUUUUUUUUUUUUUU